GUGACAAGACUUUACCAAAAGGCGCGAAUAUUAUCAUUGCAAUUAUUAAUAUAAAUCGAAAUGACAAAUACUGGCCGAAUCCUUUAAAAUUUGAUCCUGAAAGAUUUCUUCGAGAGGACACUAAACAUUCUCAAUAUUAUAUUCCUUUUAGUGAUGGUCCAAGGAAUUACAUUGGUGACAAGACUUUACCAAAAGACGCGAAUAUUAUCAUUGCAAUUAUUCAUAUACAUCGAAAUGACAAAUACUGGCCAAAUCCUUUAAAAUUUGAUCCUGAAAGAUUUCUUCGAGAGGACAUUAAACAUUCUCAAUAUUAUAUUCCUUUUAGUGAUGGUCCAAGGAAUUACAUUG